UCGCCAUGGAGGCCUCGGCGGGCUGCGGGGCCGGCGGCGCGGCGGCGCGGCGCUGGUACUUCACCCGCGAGCAGCUGGACCGCAGCCCCUCGCGCCGCGCCGGCCUCGACCCCGACAAGGAGCUCUCGUACCGGCAGCAGGCCGCCAACCUCCUGCAGGACAUGGGCCAGCGCCUCAACGUCUCGCAGCUCACCAUCAACACGGCCAUCGUGUACAUGCACCGCUUCUACAUGGUGCAGUCCUUCACCCAGUUCCACCGGAACUCGGUGGCACCGGCGGCUCUGUUCUUGGCAGCCAAGGUGGAGGAGCAGCCUCGUAAACUGGAGCACGUAAUCAAGGUAGCACAUGCCUGUCUGCACCCCCAGGAAACUCUCCCAGACACGAGGAGCGAGGCUUACCUGCAACAAGCCCAAGACCUGGUCAUUCUAGAGAGCAUAAUACUGCAGACCCUGGGCUUUGAGAUCACUAUUGACCACCCACAUACCCACGUGGUGAAGUGCACGCAGCUAGUGCGAGCCAGCAAGGACUUGGCACAAACUUCCUAUUUCAUGGCUACCAACAGCCUGCACCUGACCACCUUCAGCCUGCAGUACACCCCUCCCGUUGUGGCCUGCGUCUGUAUCCACCUGGCUUGUAAGUGGUCCAACUGGGAGAUCCCAGUCUCCACGGACGGGAAGCACUGGUGGGAAUACGUUGAUGGCACUGUAACUCUGGAGCUCUUAGAUGAACUGACUCAUGAAUUCCUGCAGAUCCUUGAGAAAACUCCGAACCGACUUAAACGGAUUCGGAACUGGCGGGCCUCUCAAGCAGCCAGGAAGUCAAAGGCUGAUGACCACGGCGAAGACGAGAGCCUCUCGGAGCAGACGAUCCUCAACAUGAUUUCCAGGAACAACAGUUCCGACAUGAACAUCGCAGGCUUAAUGAGCAUGUCAACGUCCUCGACCGCUGGAGCAGGGUCAUCCCUGCCAGCCGCAGCGGAUUCGCCCAGUGACCAGAGCGGUGCGGAUAUGUCCCAGCCUGAGCACUGGCUGUCCCAGCAUCCUCCACCCAAGCUGGAGGCUGGCCAGAGUCACAGGACUAACGAAAGCUCAUCUGCUGCUGAGCAUCCUUUACAGCAAGAUGGCGCUGGUUAUCAGAAGCAGAGUGGCAAGAAUGCCCCAUCGGCAAAGGUGUCACUCAAGGAGUACCGGGCCAAGCAUGCAGAGGAGUUGGCAGCGCAGAAGCGCCAGCUAGAGAACAUGGAGGCCAAUGUGCGGUCUCAGUAUGCCUACGCGGCGCAGAGUCUCCUGGUCCAACAGCAGCGGGAGAGAGAAGUCCAGCAGGACAGCAACCCCUCUCCAAUCAUCCUGAAAAUCCCCAUCGGUGGCUCGGAUAACCCUGAGCGUCCUGCCUCUGAAAAGAGUGACAAAGCCUCAGCUCUGAAGCUGAGGAUCCCGGUGGCUGGGGGAGGUGGAGACAGACCACUCUCCUCCAAGCAGGAGGAGAUAAAAAUGCGGAUCAAGGUGCCAACUGCUGCAGACAGGCACAGUUCCUCGGACGAGAGCAGUGGCAAAAGCCGAGAUCACAAGGAGAAACAUAAGGGCCAUUCUUCCAACCACCACCACCACCAUCACAACCACCACUCUCACAAACACUUGCAUGUCCCGCUUGGAGCUGGCCCCAGCAAUGUGGGGAACAAGCGGCCGGGAGACUCUAAGCACAGCAGCCAGCAGAGCACUGUGCUCCACAAAAGCUACAGUUUGUCUGGCUCUUCCCGCAAGAGGCCCCUGCCAGAGGAGGCUGCAGCACAUGAGCACCAGCCCAAAAUCAGUAAAAGCUCCAAAGGCCCUGGCAUGCAGUUCCCUUAUCCCCACCUGUCUGGGGCAGCCCAUCUCCCAGGGCACAGCUCAGAUGCAGGUGGGCUCUCCUUAGCCCAGGUCAACAAAGCCAGGGGUCCCCACGGCAAACUGGACAAGGGUCCCACGGGGGCCAACGGGCACAACGCAAACCAAGCCAGUGACUACCAGGAUACAGUCAAUAUGUUGCACUCACUGUUGAGUGCGCAGGGCAUGCAGCCAACCGCACCCUCUGCCUUCGACUUCCGCCCGUAUAGCGAGUACUUCAACGCCCGGGCUGCCGCGAGCUCCAGAGCCGCCAACACGGACAAACCCCGACCGCCCCCGCUGCCGUCGGAACCCCCUCCUCCGCUCCCCCCGCUCCCCAAGUAAAACCCUUUUUACUACUGAGUUUGUACAGACGAGCCUGCUUGCCCAAGCCUGAAACCUGGGCUGCCCCUGCAGGGGAGGGAAAGGGCUGUUUGGUCUCCACUGCCUCACGAAGAACUAUUUUAUUAUAACUUUUAUUAUUGGUAUUUAGAGCGCGGAGUUGUUGAAGCUGUGAAAGGAUAAGAAACCCUUUCUCUGUUCCUCACUCCCUCCCCCACCAACUUCCAGUUAGUGGUGGGGUCUGUCCCUGCUGGAACUGAAGCCCCCUCUAGGGAUCAUGUACUGUGGGGGGUCCUGGGGGGUAUUUAAAAUAUGUCACAGAAAAUCUAAGGCAUUUUACAAAUAAUUUAAGCAGUAACUUA